AAUGAGUCUCGUACUGUGCUGUUUAUCACUCGAUAACAAAGAGGUUUUCUCUUUGGUGCUUCCUCUCUAAGGGAAACAUACCAAGUUCAUGGCUCUCAUUCUUCUCAAGAAGUUCAGCCUCCUCUUCCUCUUCAUUUCUGCAUCACUUUUAUCAACUUCUUUUGCAGGUCGACAAGCGAAGUUAAUCAAUAACUUGGCUGCAGAUGUGGAUUUAGUCCAAGAGGAGGAAACACCACUGAAUGAGGAAGAAGUAAUCAACAUGCACGAGAGGCUUCUAAGGGCUAACGCAGGAGAUUACGGAAGAUAUGACCCAACUCCAGUUCUAUCUAAGCCUCCUUUCAAGCUUAUACCCAACUGAAUUAUUGUUUGAAUUGAGCAUAUGUUCAUUAAUUAAAACGUGGCGGCCACAUAUGUGUUAUGAAAUUAAUGUAGCACUUGAAUAAAUACCAAAAAUGAUCUACUUUUUAUGUUA